GAUGAAGAGGUGGUAUGAAAAGCUGUGGGAAGCUGAGCUCCAAGAACAAAGGCUGCCUUUCAAGCCCUUGUUGCUUCUCUUUGGUACAUAGCUGCUUUGAGUGAGAAAACUCCGCAGGAAUGAUGAAAUUCGAGGAUCUCUUGCAUGAAACUGGGGGUUUUGGCAGAUUCCAGAUUUUGAUUUUGGUUAUCCUUUGCCUCCCAAGAAUCAACCUGCCCAUGCAUUUUCUGCUGCACAAUUUUAUUGCUGCUACCCCCUCUCAUCACUGUGCAAUUCCACACCAAGAGGCAUUUGUGAAUCUCACCAUGGAGGAAGUUCUACUCAUCAGUAUCCCCCGGGAGCCUGACGGCACCUUCAGCUCUUGUGAGAUGUUCUCACAGCCUCAGUUUCACCUGCUGCUCAACUCUUCUCUGCAAUCAGAAAACAAAUCCAUCAUCCAGCGCUGCCAGCAUGGAUGGGUCUAUGACCACUCGCAGUUGGCCUCCACCAUCUCCACCCAGUGGGACCUCGUGUGUGAGCACCGUGGACUGAACCAGGCAACAGCAACCUUCUUCUUCAUUGGUGUUACGAUGGGGGCCGUGGUAUUUGGAUACCUUUCUGACAGGUUCGGACGGAAAACCAUGCUCCUGCUGUCGCUUGUGUGCUCCGUUGUCUUUGGGAUGCUGAGUGCUGCCUCGGUGUCCUACAGCAUGCUGGCCAUCACACGGACCCUCACCGGGGUGGCCCUGAGUGGCGUCUCCCUGAUUGUACUGCCUUUGGCGAUGGAGUGGGUGGACAUAGAGCACCGCACCUUCACCGGGAUCCUGAGCAGCAUCUUCUGGAGCAUUGGGAACAUGCUGCUGGCCAUGGUAGCGUACUUGGUGCGGGAAUGGCACUGGUUGUUGGUAGCUGUAACAGGACCUUGUCUUCUGAGCAUUGCCUUCCUGUGGUGGGUCCCAGAGUCUGCCCGGUGGCUCAUAGCCAAAGGCAAAAUGAAGCAAGCUCACAGGCAUCUGCUUAGAUGUGCAAGAAUGAACAGAAGGAAAGAUUUUGCUGUCUCACCAGAGGCCCUGACAAGGAUGGCAACAGACAAAAAGCCAGGAGGGAGUUACUUCUACAUCAGCUUGUUCAGGACACCAGUCCUGCGGAAGAUCUCUCUGUGUUCUGGGGUCGUGUGGUUUGGUGUUUCCUUCUCUUAUUAUGGCAUGAGCCUGAACCUGACUGGCUUUGGGCUCAACAUCUACCUCUCCCAGUUUGUGUUUGGUGUCAUUGAGAUUCCAGCCAAGAUGAUCAUGUACGUGCUGGUGAACAGAGUUGGACGGCGGCAGAGUCAGGCGUGGACACUCAUCCUGACCGGACUAUGCAUAGGAGCCAACGUUGUCAUUCCCAAGUCCUUCACCUCCUUGCGUUCUGUAGUAGCCAUUAUGGGCAAAGGCUUCUCAGAAGCUGCAUUCACUACUGUCUACUUGUACACCUCUGAGCUCUACCCUACCAUACUGAGGCAGAAUGGGAUGGGGUACACCUCCUUUGUGGCACGCCUCGGCGGGGCUUUGGCCCCACUUGUGUUCCUGCUGGACCAAGUGUGGAGGUCUCUGCCAGAGGUGACAUACUGCAGUGUAGCGGUGUGCAGCGGCGCAGUGGCCUUUCUGCUCCCGGAGACGCUCAACGUGUGCCUGCCUGAGGGUAUUGAGGACGUCGAGAAGGCACAAGUGAAAGUGCCACCAGAAAUCAGUGCUCCCGAGGGCAUGCCGCUACAGUCUCUGAAGUGAGGGACUCCAUGGGACAGCCACCGUGUAGGAGUGCACAACUGGCCCUUUCUUCACUUGCUAUCUUUUCAGCAGCAGUUUAUCACUCUGGUUUAUCAAGAUCCUUCUCGAA